AUGCGUUCUUUUGCGUCCUGGAUCUUAAGUCUUUUGGGGGCUUCGACUGUGGCGUUAUCUAGUGAUGCCCAGGCCGUGCUCCAUGAUGGUUCGUCUGAUGUGCAGUCACUUACCAAGGACACGUUUGAUGAUUUCAUCAAGAAGCAUGACUUGGUGCUGGCUGAAUUUUUUGCCCCAUGGUGUGGGCAUUGCAAGGCUCUAGCCCCAAAAUACGAGGAAGCCGCCACCCAGUUGAAGGAGAAGGAAAUUCCAUUGGUUAAGAUUGAUUGUACCGAAGAAGAAGAGCUUUGUAGGGAGCAGGGAGUCGAAGGCUAUCCAACCCUGAAGAUCUUCCGUGGUCUUGAUUCUAGCAAGCCAUACCAGGGAGCCCGCCAGACUGAAUCUAUCGUUUCGUACAUGAUCAAGCAGUCACUUCCCGCCGUGUCUACCGUCAAUGAAGAAAAUCUCGAGGAUACUAAGACUAUGGAUAAAGUUGUUGUCAUUGGUUAUUUCGGAUCCGACGAUAAGGCAGCCAGCGAGGCUUUCACAAGCUUGGCAGAGUCUCAGAGAGACAACUACCUCUUCGCUGCAGCUAGUGAUGCGGCUAUUGCAAAGGCGGAGGGCGUCAAGCAACCUUCGGUGGUUCUUUACAAAAAUUUCGACGAGAAAAAAGCCAUUUACACUGGUGAAAUUGAACAGGAAGCCGUCCUCAGUUGGGUUAAGACAGCCAGUACACCCCUUGUAGGUGAAAUUGGCCCGGAGACAUAUACUGGAUAUAUUACAGCUGGCAUCCCUCUGGCAUACAUUUUCGCCGAGACCCAAGAAGAGCGCGAGAAGUUUACGGAGGAAUUUAAACCUAUUGCUGAGAAGCACAAGGGUGCUAUCAAUAUUGCAACAAUCGAUGCUAAGUUGUUUGGGGCCCACGCUGGUAAUCUCAAUCUGGACCCCCAGACUUUCCCCGCGUUCGCCAUUCAAGACCCCGAGAAUAAGGCGAAAUAUCCUUACGAUCAGUCUAAGGGGAUCAAGACCAAGGAUGUUGCCAAGUUUAUCCAAGACGUUCUCGACGGCAAGGUUGAACCCAGUAUUAAGUCCGAGCCUGUUCCAGAGACACAGGAGGGCCCGGUCACCGUUGUGGUAGCCCAUUCCUACAAAGAGCUUGUCAUUGACAACGAAAAGGAUGUCCUUCUCGAAUUUUAUGCGCCAUGGUGCGGACACUGCAAAGCUCUUGCUCCCCAAUAUGAGGAACUGGCGAGUUUUUAUUACAAGAAUCCCGAUUUUGCAUCCAAGGUCACUAUCGCCAAAAUUGAUGCAACCGCCAACGAUGUCCCCGAUUCGAUUACUGGCUUCCCCACAAUCAAACUCUACCCGGCCGGUGCAAAGGACGCUCCUAUUGAAUAUGAUGGAUCUCGUACCAUCGAGGAUCUUGCCAAUUUCGUGAAGGAGAAUGGUAAACAUAAGGUCGCUGUUACUCUCGACAAGACCGAGGAGGGUGAUGUCACCGAGACUCCUGCUUCUGGCGAGGACGAGCCCGCUGCUACAGAUGAUGAUAAGGUGGACCAUGAUGAACUGUAA